GUUUAAUACAUCCUUCAAACCAGCAAAGCAUUCAUUUGUGUGAGCACAGCCAAAGAUGUUCCCCAUUAGCUCAGAUCUCCACACAGGCUCAAACCAAAGCAAGCAGGAUGACAAGCUCUGCUGCAGGCUCCUCUUUAAGGAGAGGUCAGUGGCCAACCCUUCCUUUAGAGUCUACUAUGGAGUGGCGUCCGGGGCUGUGCCAUUCCAGUGGGAGUCUCAGCCUGGAACCCCCAAGCACGUCAGCUCCACCGCUGCGCUCCCUCCCCUCACCCCUCCCCCCUCCUACUUCUACACCCCCAGGAGCAAGAGCUCCAUGAAGUCCUGCAAGUCCAGCUUCAUCCGCGCCAUGCUCCCCAAGCUCAGCCUAAGGAAGGUCCACAUCUCGCCUUCCUCGUCCCUCCCCUCGUCUUCCUCUUCCUUGAGCCCGCUGUCGUACUUCUCGGCCGUCGGCUAUGGCGAGGAGCCCGAGGACGGGCCGCCUGAGUCAACCUUGUGCUUUGGGAUGCGACGCAGGGCCGCGCCGGUGAAGAAGGCGCUCUUGUCGGUCGUCGGGCAUGGUUGCGGCCGACGUACCGCUGCUUAAUGGUCUGACAUCGAACACCUUGUGGUCUCCGCUUACGAAGCAAGUCUCAUCUGCUGCCCAAAGCAAGAAGAAGGAGGUGAAGUGUUUGUCCAAGUUGCUGUAAUAAUGUGGGACUGAUAGCUUGUGUCUUCGUCACCACCACCUUCUAUUCUGUAUCAUUUUCUUGUUACAUGUAAGCUGUGAUGACAAAAUACCAAUUCAUGGUGAGGUCUGCUCUCUCACCACAAUUAUUGUCA